AUGUCAGUCUUAAUUGACCAUCAGGAAUUUCACACAGGGAAGAAGCAGUAUAGUUGUAAUGAAUGUGGAAAAGCUUUUUUGUGGAAGUCACUACUAACUAUGCAUCAAAGAAUUCACACAAGAGAAAAGCCUUAUGGAUGUAAUGAAUGUGGAAUGACCUUAUGUUGGAAGACGCUCCUCACUAAACAUCUCACAGUUCACCCAGGUGAGAUACGUUACGAAUGUAAUGGAUGUAGAAAACCCUUUUUCAUGAAGUCAGACCUUGUUAGGCAUGAGAGAAUUCCCACAAAGAAGAAACAUGAUUAUAGGCUCACUACUUACAAGAGUGGACUGGUAAACUACAAAUUCCUUGACCCACCAGUAGAUGGGCAGAAUAUGUUUGGUCAUGGGAACUGGGUGAUGAUGGAAAAGAAUAUUCCUGAGCUCACUGUAGUAGCAUACAUGUGCAUCAGAGACAACAUGCAUGUCUCAGAGACAUCCAGAGCAGUGGCAGAACCCUUAUUCAUCCGCAUGUAUUGGGAGCAGCAGUGUUUGAUGGGUGGGGACCCUCUCCUGGGAGUGGGGGCUUACUUGUUGAAUAAGUGGGUGGUGGUCAGCAGCCAGCACUCGCCCACCACGGUGGCCCUGCAGAAGUGUCCCAAGGCCUCUGGCAGGCAGGUCUACCAGGGCACCUCACCAGCACCGCACACAGCCUGCCCACGCUCCUAG